AUGUUACAGUCAACGCUAACAGGACAGGAUAUUCGCGACUCGUCCCAAGCCUCUGCCACUAUUGACGAACUAUUCCGGCCUGAUUUUCAAGUUGAUCCUCGGAUUCGGAGGAUCGAUGAAGAGGUAGGCUCUCGAAAGCGCGUAAAACAUAGUCAAGGGCAUCCGUCUUCGCCCCAAGAAAUGGCAUCUGAUUCAAAAUUGAAGUCAGGCUCGUUGCAUGAUCGUAAAUAUGAUGGCAACUUUCAGUCAGCUCAAGCGGUGAGGGUGAAGUUGAUGAAGGCCACAUCCCAACUCAAGACGAAAUAUUCAUGCUGCUUGAUGAAUUGGGAAUCAGCACGACAGGUCACCCCCCUCAAAAUGACCAAACUAUGGCAGAACUACUGGCUAACAACAAACCUCAUAUCAGCCAACCUUUGA